CUUUGACUCCUCCUUUCUGUCAUGGCUGCCCCCGUGCGGUGCUUACGGUCAGUGCUCAGCCAUUUUAACAGGACUUUGAAGAAGCAGACACUAUUCAGCUGCCCAUCAUCUAACUGCACAUACAGAAGCUGGGACUGUGUUAGAUUCUAUGCUGCACCUGCUACAUCUAGCAAAGCUGCAAAAAAAGAGAAGGAAAAAGAGCAAAAAAAGUCUAGAUGGAUAACCAAAGAAGAACUUGAGGAGAGAAGGAAAGACACCAGCAGGCCCAAACCUUAUGGCCUCACUGCUUGGGAACCUAAUGAUGAUGUGUAUGUGGCACGUUACUAUCCCAAGCCUUUGCUUGAGGUUAAAACUGCCAUAGACAUGCUAAAAACAUUUCAGAAGCUGGACUUUACUUAUGAAAAACAGCCAGUCUAUGUUGAGCUUAAACUAGACAUGAAGCUGGAAAAGAAGAAAAAAGUAGACCCCUUUGUCGGAUAUCUUAGGUAUCCUUAUCCUUUUACAACAGACGAAAAUAAGGUUUUCAUGUUCACAGAGAAUCCAGAUGAUGCUCAGAUUGCUAAAGACAAUGGGGCUGCUUUUGUCGGUGGAAGUGAAUUUAUUCAACAGAUUCUGGAUGAUGAAAUUCAAGCAGAUUUUUAUAUUGCAACUCCGGAAAUUGUCCCUAAGUUGACACCAUUAAAAAAUAAGCUAAGGAAGAAAUUUCCAAAGAGCAAACGAGGUUCCGUGGGCCGUGACAUUCCAAAGAUGCUUCAGCUGUUCAAAACAGGCCAUGAGUAUUUAGUAGAAAAGGAAUGUUUGGUGAAGACCAAAAUAGCCACGCUGGACAUGCCUAAAGAACAUAUAACUGCUAACCUAGAUGCACUUAUAAAGGAUACCUGCACUUACAGGCCGCUGAGCUAUGGGCCCUUUGUGGAGAGAGUUAUACUUACAAGUGCCACCAGCGAAGCUUUAUUCAUCCAGUUUCAGCAGUUUCUUCCACAAGAGACGGUGAAAGCUGCAAAUGAAACUUCUGUUAAUUCUGCGACUUCCGCUACUAUGUAAAAUUACUAUACAGCAGGCCCUGUGACCACAAGAGUGAGGAGCACAGAGUCCUCCCAGGCCCUUCUGCAGCUUAAAUGUGUUUAUAUAUACGCAGCAUGUGUUUAUAUAUACGCAGAAUUUUGACAUGAGAACAUUUAGUUGGGGUUAUGUAAAAAAAGGUACAUAAACAGUAUCUGAACUUCCAGAUAUUAAUCCAUAUUUUAUUUGUACACAGACAUACCUGCUUCCACAGACUAAAAGUAAACCAUGGUAUUCUGUGUGUUUGCCAGUUCCUCAUUCCUCCCUUAAGUCACUGUAACUGUAGUUAUGGAUUCUAACACUUGAGGCCCCACUGAUUUUAAGAGAAUUAGUGCACUACUCUCUGUGGUAAACAGAGAGAUGUUUAGACCCAGGGUUGCAUUACACUGUCUUGGGAAAUAACUUAUUGGAAUUAUCACAGUUUUCUUCAAUCUAUGGAAUCAGGUAUGUUUUUUAAGUGUUUGUACAUAAGCCCAUCUAAAUGAGCUUGCGUCAAAAAGAAUAAUGCAGGCCUUCAUAUGGUGAUGUUUGUUCUGUAGAUAAGAACCCUGGCCAGGAUUGCCUCUUGAAAUAAAAAAAAAAUAAGCCCAACUGAAUGAGCUCAUGUCAAAAAAAAUAUUUUGUCUUUGAUCUUUUGGAGUAAAAAUUGUGUGUUUUUUUUUUGUUUUUUUUUUUUAUAUAAUAAACUGCUUUUUGUUAUGCGCCUGUGUUCUACCAUAGGAUAAAAGUUUGGGAUUUUACUGUAUACAAAUAAAAUUAAUUCCAAAAUCCCA